UCGUCAUCCACUUGCUCGCAGAAACUGAACAGAAGUUGAGAGACGACGGGAAGAUUUUGUAAUGCCGCACCUUCUACUUCAUCAGGCCUACCUGCAUAGGACACCGUUCGCUGCCCUUAGCCCCCGCCACGCGCCCCCCACCGGCGCCGGUUUGAUCCAACGAUGCUCCUUCUCGGCCAAACCACCGUUGGCCGCCUCGCUUCCGAGGAGGGCCGUGAUUAGGAGUAUGGCGAAUCCUCGGAGAGUGAAGAUGGUUGCGAAACAGAUAAGGAGGGAGCUCUCCGACAUGCUCCUUACCGACAAGGUCCUCCAGUAUGCCGUCCUCCCUGAGGCCGCCCUCGGCGCCGACCGCUACCUCUCUUCCCUCACCACCAUCAGCGAUGUCGAAGUCUCCGCAGAUUUGCAGGUGGUUAAAGUUUAUGUAUCUGUCUUUGGGGAUGAAAGAGGCAGAGAGGUGGCCAUUUCUGGGUUGAAGUCAAAGGCAAAAUAUGUUCGUAGUGAGUUGGGGAAGCGUAUGAAGUUGCGGCUAACCCCAGAGAUACGCUUUAUAGAAGAUGACUCCAUGGAGCGAGGAAGCAGGGUGAUUGCAAUAUUAGAUAGAAUAAAGAAUGAGAAGAAGGUUGCAGAAAAUCAAGUUGAUGACCAGUAUGAGUCAUCUGAUAUACCUCAUGAUGACAGGGAUUGGGAGGUUGAUGACCCUGAUGACGAAGGAAUCAUUUAUGUAAAAUAGUUGCUCCCCACUUGAUCAGCAAUAGCUUCUUCUGGCAUAUUGCCAAAAGCUUCCGCUUCUUCAGAGGCGGCGCAGAGACAAAUCUUGGAUGUGGUCUGGACUCUGGAACUCAACUACUACCGCAUUCAUUAUGAGAAGCUUUUGAAAAUCUGAUGAGAAUGAGAAUUGGCAUGUAAAUAACCUUCUUGACUCUCUCUCUUUUCUCUUCCUUAUCCCUCAAAGUUGAAACUUGUUAUUAUCUCUACAAGCUAUGAAGUCCAUUUCAAACAA